AUGCCACUCCGAUCGGUGCGGUCAAGUUCACAGCGCUUCCCAAUAACGAAGCAAUUAAAAGAAGUCUUCAACACUCGACGCGGCAAGUCUGGUCCUCGAGCGGACCUUGUCAACGAAGAGUUAUGGGACCACAUUCUCCAGCGCGUUGCACCUUACAUUCGCCGAAAUCCCCCGUUAGACAUCCUCGACCUUUGGCCUACCUCAGGCAUAUGGUCUUCAAAAAUCAAUGAAUUUCUUCAACCUCGUCGUCAUGUUCUUGUUGAACCAGAAAUCACCUAUCAUCGCUUUCUCAAACCGCUCGUCCAAAGCAAGCCUUGUUACAAACUCCUCAAGGAACCUAUAUAUGGGAAGGCUGAUUGGGCAGAAUUCAUUCCAACCCAUUUUCCAGAGCAAAGUCCCAUCGUACCGAACAAGCCAGGUGUUCUUCCAAAAAACAACACAUUGCUCAUCCUAGCCAAUCCACCUGCGGCCUUUUCCCCCAAGGACCAUUACACCCCAAGCCGUUGGUGGCUUAAGUUUCUAGAAGACUGCUUGCACCAAAAUGGAUUGAACAUGUAUGGGAGCGUCCGAGUCCUUGCCUUGGCCCCCUUCAAAGAUAUUACGGGUGUGCUGCCAAGGACCACUGCGGACCGCAGACGAAUUGGCUCGCUCACGGAAACCUUGGCCUUGCACGCCAUCGAAAUUGCAAGCUCGAACGAAUUUGAACAUUGGCAUGCCUCGCGUGGGUGGGAUGCUCUUUUGGAUAACAGAAAACGGGUGGCUGAAAGAGCUGCCGCACAGAAAAUUAUCACUCCGCCCAAUCGAGAGCCUCCACCUCUGGAAUGCAUUCCAGAUAUCAAGGCCCGGGGUAGAAAAGAAUCCCCAUAUACGGCCCGAAUGCUUUUGCCUUUGCACAAAGAACUGCUCAGUACCAUUGAGGCUGGAGAUGCAACAGGAUUCAAGAGCCGGACUGGGGUCACAGACCCCAAAUUAAGAGAUCUUCUGCGACAAAAAAGUCUCGCUGUCACCAAACUUGCAAGAAAUAACACAAUGGCGUAUUCGCGCCAAAAGCUGACCGACAUGAGAUUGAAUAUUGACGAAGAGACUCGCAAGCUUGCACGGGCGGCUGCGGAUCCCAACGAGACUCCCGAGAACCUGAAAAUACUGGAUGAUCAAAUUGGCACUCUUCAGUCCCAAUAUGCUGCCGAGGUGUCUAAAACACAUUUCUCAGAAUCCAGAUUCUAUGAAUCGACCAUUGACGACAGCCGCAUAGCUUUCAUAUCCAACAACUUCGAUGAUUCCCAGCUGGUUUGGGACCGCCGACCAUUUGAACCGCUAGUCAUCCAUCCUGACGAAAUCUGGCCAGCCGACCGACCGAUGGGGCUCAUAUACUUCGAAGCACAAGAAGCACCUCUCGCGCUGCAAAAGAUCUUUCAACAGCCGAAAUCAACACACCGCGAAGCGCUCGAUCGAUUCCUGGCUUUGAUUAACACCACCAAUGGUCGAACUCUGAUGACAGUCAGUGAGAUCGCAGAAUUCGCUUUCUCGAAACUAUCCACAAAUGAGCUUGUCCGAGCCAUUCCCAGUCUGGCUACUUUCGCCAACAAACGGAUCAAGCCUGGUAGCGGACCGAUGCCGUUGGGCGAUCCCGCGUUAGACCCAGUGACCAGUUACCAGGACAAUCUAGAUUAUGACCUGAGCGAGGUUCGACUACGCAUCCUUUCUAUGGCAACCAUCGGGGAGAUGGUUGUUGAAUACGAAAAAGUUGGGUCCAAGCUCUCUGCUCAGGCAUUCAAUCGACUCUUAGGCGGGGCACUGACUACGGCCCAACUCGGAGUGGAAGUAGAACCGCACCUACUGCGGAGAAAGUUUUGA